CUCUCCUCACCUUUCCCUCGCCUUUACCACCUCUUCUUCUCCCUCUCUCCAGCUUCUCGCCCUCUCCCCCGCUCUACUCUCAUCCCCCUCCUCUUUGGCCCUUGUCCCGCUGCCGUCUCAUUACAUCAGCUGUUGAAGCUUUCUUAACCAAUACGCCUCCCGCGUAUCGUUCAAUAGCCCACUCGCCCGCCGCCGCCGCUUUCUCAACCGGAGUACUCGCAACGACCCUUGACCCCGCUAUCCCGCCUCGCGUACAAACAACCUACCGCAGAAAAAAAAACACACUGCAUCACCUCCAUCUUGCUGCCCCCCGCCUUCUCCAGCACACAUCCAGCGUCUUCGCAGCACCCACAGCGCCGACGACAAGAUUUGAUCAGACAUCCCCUUGACCGUCUGUUGUUUUCAGCCUCCAACGCUUCAUCCUCCCCUCGAACCGCUCUUCCCAACAUAUCUCUCUACAAAAUGUCGGCCCCUCAAGACUCCAUCCCUGGCAACGGCAGUGACAUCCUCGACCAGAUGGAUCAGCUUAGAAUGGAUGACCGCCUCGGUCCUGACGGCGAACCUGCCCCUAAGACGGAGGAGGAGUACGCUCAGGCCCAGCUCACCCUUCGUGCGAUUGUUUCCUCCAAGGAAGCCGGUGUCAUUAUUGGCAAGGGUGGCAAGAAUGUCGCCGAUCUCAGAGAUGAGACUGGUGUCAAGGCUGGUGUUAGUAAGGUUGUGCAAGGCGUUCACGACCGUGUCUUGACCAUCACUGGUGGUUGCGACGCUAUUUCUCGUGCCUACGCUAUUGUCGCUCGCGCUCUACUGGAGGGUGCGCCUGCUAUGGGCAUGGGAGGCGUGGUCCAGAGCAAUGGAACUCACCCUAUCAAGCUUCUCAUCUCUCACAACCAGAUGGGUACCAUUAUUGGAAGACAAGGUCUUAAGAUCAAGCACAUUCAGGACGCUUCUGGUGUUCGCAUGGUUGCUCAGAAGGAGAUGCUUCCUCAGUCUACCGAGAGAAUAGUCGAGGUUCAGGGCACUCCUGAAGGCAUCCAGCGUGCUAUCUGGGAAAUCUGCAAAUGUUUGGUCGACGACUGGCAGCGAGGCACUGGCACUGUUCUCUACAACCCUGUUGUUCGCACUCAGCCUUCCAGCGGCGGAAACACUAGUGGUGGAGCAGGAUUCAACCAGGGCUCUGGCAGGAGCGAUUAUGGCGGCAGCCCUCGUGUCAUGCGAACAGGCAACGGUGCCGACUUCAGCAACGGUAGCUCAAGGCCGUACAACCGCCGCUCCGACUCUGACGCAGCUCUUCGAGGCCCACCUACUCACGACGAGAACGGCGAGGAGAUCCAAACUCAGAACAUUAGCAUCCCCGCAGACAUGGUAGGGUGCAUCAUCGGACGUGCUGGCAGCAAGAUUAGCGAGAUCCGAAAGACAUCGGGCGCACGCAUCUCCAUUGCCAAGGCUCCCCAUGAUGAGACCGGUGAGCGCAUGUUCACCAUCAUGGGUACCGCCAAAGCCAACGAGUCGGCACUCUUCCUCUUGUAUGAGAACCUAGAGGCGGAGAAGAUGCGCCGAAGCCAACUUCAAGAGACCGAAUAGCCGACUUUCAGAUGAAAUCUAGUCGAUUUUUGCUUUUCUCGUGCUCCAUGCGGCUUGCUAAAAUAGGUUUUGGCAGGAUGGGCUGGGGCAUUUCAGAUCUGACUUGCCGCGAGGCUUGUGUUUUCAAUAAGGACGAUACCAGAUGACAGCAUUACGAGCGACUGAAUCCAUUUGUCCAACUCAUUUCUUCUUAUCAAAUCCGAAACCUCCCAACCAUCAAACUAGUUUCUUUUCCUAUUCUCACCCUUCUCAUUAUCUUUACUACAUCAAUUAGGGGGUUUGACUAGUGUCGAUUCCGACUCGAGCCUCACCUGUCACCUCUUCGCCUUUUAAACGGAACCGCUUCUUUUUUUGGCGAGCAGAUCGCUACCAAACACUGAAGCUUGCCGUCUUUAUCAGCUUUUCUCAUCUGGAGUUUUUGGCAAUGGCAUGCUUGCCGUCCGGGGGCAUGAUACAGUUCUUCUUAUGACUGUUGAGCCAAAACGGCGCAGUCCGAAAUGGUUAUGGCUAAUGACACAAAAUCGCCCUUGACAAGCCGGUAACGGCAGGGACAGCGCAAUCUCUCAGGACCGAGAAGGGCACAUCGCGGCUCCUCUAACAAUCUCUACCCACACUUCGCGUCACCUUCCCCUCUCUUUCACCUCGCACAAAUGUUUCUAUCUCUUACAUCCUCGGAUCCCGACAUUGUCACUCGACCCGCGCCUCCCAUCUUAUCGCUCACAUAAUUCCCACAUCACUCAUCGCUCUCACAUACCCCCCUUGACAUCACCAACGCCGGCUCGCCCAUUGUGCAUUCAGCUCCUCGCGACCCAAUAACCAUGUUAAGUGACUCCUCGUUCCGUGUUGGGAUUUACAAGAUAUUCUUAGCAGGGGUGGAUUUAGCUUGGGCCCAAGAGCCAUCAAAUAAAAUCAAAAUUAUGAGCAAAGACAUCUUGUAUG